UAUAAUAAAAUAUGUGAGUUUUAAAUUAGACUGUAAAUUUUGCCGUCAGUGACAUCUGCAAUAAAUUUAGACAUUAAAAUUAGAUCUUUAGGAGUGGAGACAUUUCAGAUUGAUCAAACGCGAGGAGUAUUAUUCGCAAUGUCAUUCCUGCAGAAUUUUAUGGCCCGCUUCGUGCCGGUGGUUAAGGCCUCAGACGAGGAUGCCGAAUUGGUCGACCCGCAAAAAGUAUUACGAGAAAAAUGCCAAGAGCAGCCGAAGUGCGUUAAAUUUCACGAAAGACUAUCAACAUGCAAUGAUCGAGUAAACUCUCGUACCAAGACCGAGGAGACUUGUCUCGAAGAGAUAAUCGACUACGUCAGCUGUGUUGAUCACUGUGUAUCUCACGAUCUCUUCAGUAAGCUUAAAUAAAUACUUGAAAAAAUAAUUUAAUUAACAAUAACACAAUGUUAAAUUAUUGAGACGCUGAGAAUAUUAUACUAGCUCUAUAUUUAUCUCGUUGUAUAUAAAAACUCAUGUUAGAAAUAAAAAAAAAAUAAUCGAAUUAAA